AUGUGUCGAUGUGAUGCGGCAUUAUUCAAGGUUUACUUGGACCUGAGAGUGAAAAAGUCGAGAAUCAAGAAAGAGUCCACCAUUGCGUUAUACUGGAAACGAUUGAGCCAGGUCUACGCACAGAAAAGUGCUAAGUGGAUGACCGAAAGCGUUCUUUUCGAUAUUCGAAAUUGGAUUCCGACCUACCUUACACCCAAGUACGGCUUGGACACAUCCAAAAAAGAAAAAUCCGGCAUCUUCAUCGACGACCUGGCCAUCAUGCUGAACCACCUUUGGAUCCGCGACGAGGAGAUUUUUACUCACGAGCGACUCCGAGUCCAGUUAUCGGCCAAUUUGAUCCUGGCAGGCGCUACGGCGACCCGACCGGGAGCCUUGAUUGGGCAGCUGCUCUACGAGAACUUAGAGUUCCAAGUGUUUCCUCCGGUAAAAGGAGACACCCGGCCGCGUAUUGCUCUGAUCGUAAAUCUAGAGCACAUCAAGCGGACAGCGGGGAGCUCAGAGCCAAAAAGAUUCGCCUUCCGCGAAGAUGAUUUGCUCUUGUACGACCCGCUGAUCCCGAUGAUGGCUCUGCUCGAAUGGUAUGACCUUCGCCGAGGGUCUGGCAAAAAACUAAACGAAGCGCUCACGCCAGAGGAGAGAAACAAAAUCAUGGGACAUCGAAAGGGAGAUUCGAGCACUUACUUGCAAUAUUACAUGUCGAACUUCAUUGACGUGGAUUGCCAGUCAAUCUGCUUCGGCACAGCCCCGCAACACGACCUUGUGCAGUUAGCCGCCCGCCUUCGCCGCCAUGACGGCGCUCCAAAAGAACUGACAGCCCAACAAAUUGCAAAAAUCCAUAAAAACGAGAAACUUGCCAAAUAUUGUGCCGAGAGAAACCGUGCGAUGCUAGAAUGGAAACGCCAGGGCUACCGCAGCCGAGAACUCGCCGAAGGCACCGAAAUGCAGAAGCGAUACGACCGCUACAGCAAGAAGAUUAAUAACCUGCGCAGGGUCUUGAAGGCGUCUCGACUGCAAAAGCCAUUCAAGACUUUCACACUAAUGUCCAUGUGGACGAGGUUAACCGACAACCCGGGGUAUAAGGCCUGCCGAUGUCAUUUCACCGCCGAACAUAGAGUAUGA